GGUCAUGUGAACUAACCCAUUUCUGGUUGGUUUUUUCUUCAUUUUUUUCUUUUUCUUUAUUUAUUUAUCUAAUUACAUUCAUUUUGUCAAAUACAUAUAAAGUGGAUUCAUAUUAUAACAAAAACAACAACAACGACAAUUAUUAUUAUCAUUAUUGUAUUAUCAUCGUUGAAUGCAUCAUAUAAUAUGCAUAAAAUAUAUCCAUGGUUAAUAUUAAUUAGUGCUGCAUUAUCUGUAAUAUUUUUAGGUGGUAAACGUAGAGCAUUUGGUAUAUUUAUAGCAAAAUUACAUUCAGAAUUUAAUCAUACAACAUUAGUUGAAUUAAAUUGGAUUGGUGAUUCAUAUUCAGCAUUAGGUUAUUUAACAACAUCUAUAACAACAUCAAUUAUUUUAUAUACAAAUAAAAAAUAUGGUAUAUCACAAUUUUUUGGUGCAUUCUUUAUAUUAUUAGCAUGUAUUACUAGUUCAUUUGUACCAAAUCCACAUUGGUUAUUUUUAACACAUACAAUAUUACAUGGUAUUGGUUCAUCAUUAAUAUUAAGUACAUCAAGUUUAAUAGUAAAUGAUUAUUUUUAUAAAAAUCAUCCAUAUCAUAUAUUAGCUACAACAUUAGUAUCUGGAGGUUCAGUUGCAUCUAUAUUAUUUAUUGAAUUUUAUGCUUAUUUAAUUGAUAUAUAUAAUUGGAGAUUAACAUUUAUUAUACUUGGUAUUCUAUAUUUUAUUAUAUUAUUUAUUAGUUCUAUUAUAUUUUGUAAAAAGAAUAAUAAUAAUAAUCAUGUAAAAUCUCAUAUACAUAAAACUAACCAUUCUAAUGAUAAUCAAUGGAAUCUAUGGAAUAUAUGUUGGAAUUUAUGUUGGCAACAAAAAUUAUUACUUUUAUUAUGGUUAAUUGAUAGAAUAAUCACAAGUAUUGUUACAUAUGGUAUGUUAUUAAAUUUAACUGAUUAUGUUUAUCAACAUGAAACUUUAUUACAAAAUAGUAUUUUAUUAACUAAUUUAUUUGCAUCUGGUGAAGCAACUACUUAUAUAAUUGGUGCUAUAUUAACUGGUUUAACUAAAAAUUUAUUAAAAAAUCAAUUAAAAUAUAUAUUAAUUAUAUCAAGUCUAUGUAUGUCCAUUGGAUUAAUACUAUGGGAAUAUUUUACAUGGAAUUAUAUCAUGAGUAUAAUAUUAUCUUAUAUGAAUGGAUUUUUUUUAGGACCAUCUAUAACAUUUUUAUAUCCUGUAAGUGAAGAAAUGACAUUAUUACCUGGUUAUAUAUCAUAUACAUUAUCAUUAGGUGGUAUGGGUAUUGGUAUGUUAUUAUCCCCAUUAUUAUCAGCAUUAAUUGCGGAAACAUUUAAAUAUCGUUGGUUUUUUUUAAUACAAGGUAUGAUUGUUAUCAUUAAAUCUAUUUGUUUAAUAUGUUCAUGGAGAUUAAUUAAAAAUUUAAUACAAUUUAAUAAACAUUUAUUAUAUAAUAAACAACAACAACAUGAUUCUGACGAUGAUAAUGAUGAUGAUGAUGAUGAUGAACAAAAACAAAAACGACGACAACCAGAAGAAGAACUAGAAGAUCAAUCAUUAACAUUCAAUAGUGAAACACAAUGUUUAAUCAGUCCAAUGAUACAAAAACAAUCUAAUUCAAAAAUGAUUUAAUUUAUUUCUAUUUUUUUCUCAUUCUUCUACUAAUCUAUUUUGUUUUAUCUUAUUAUUUCUUUCUUUUGAAAUGUUGUUGUUGGUAAUUUGAUAUCUUGAUGAAAUAUACUACUGAUUAUCGGUAAGUCAUAUUGUAUAUUUA